UUUAAACAUUAUUUGCCAUCGUUUUUGGUCGACGACUACGGCGAAUUCACUAAUUUCACUAUUCUAUUUGAAACCGCUUGGAAGAAAAAGAAAAACAAAUUUCAAAAAUGAGUAUCAUGUCAUAUAAUGGAGCGGCCAUCAUAGCCAUGAGGGGUAAGGACUGCGUUGCUAUUGCAGCAGACAGACGAUUUGGCAUUCAGGCCCAGACAGUUUCAAUGGACUUUGAAAAGGUUUUCAAGCUUGGUCAGCAUUUGUAUAUUGGUCUUGGAGGACUGGCUACUGAUGUACAAACAGUCAUUGAAAGGUUGCGGUUUCGAGUGAACUUAUAUGAACUGAAAGAAAACAGAAGAAUUACUCCAAAAGCAUUGCUCAGUUUGGUGUCCAACUUUCUCUAUGAGCAUAGGUUCGGUCCUUAUUUUAUUGAGCCAGUCAUAGCUGGUUUGGAUCCAAAAACAGGUCAGCCAUUCACGGCAUCAACUGACUUGAUCGGUUGCUCAUCAGAGGCUGAGGACUUCUCCAUCUCUGGUACUUGCACUGAGCAGAUGUACGGCAUGUGCGAAUCCCUCUGGAAGCCAGAUAUGAGUCCUGAUGAACUGACGGAAGUGAUCUCACAAGCACUGCUGAAUGCCCAGGAUAGGGAUGCAGUGUCUGGAUGGGGCGCCAUUGUGCGCAUCAUAGAGAAGGACAAGGUGACAACAAAAAUACUGAAAGCCAGAAUGGACUAGUUUAUUUCAAUUUUUAAUUUGGUUAUACCUGACUCAAAAUAACAAAAUUGUUAAGCCAACGUUGUUAGUUACGUGUUGAACAUUCUUCUUAGUCGUUUGCCUCGGUUGGUUUUAAUAAAUUUGUAUAAAAAUUUAU